CGCUGUCUUCAUCCUGCAUGGCGGCCUGCUCUCAGGUCAGAAAGCUCUCGUGGGUGAUGGAGGGCGCAGCCAGCCGACUCCGAGGCGCGAGCGGAGCAUCCCUGCCUCCGCGGGUCGCGGAAGUGACGCGGGGCACCCCGGCAAGAGAGCGUUUGAAUCGGUUCCCGGGCUGCUUCCAGGCCGCAGCCGAGGAGGUGCUGCGCCGCUGGCCUAGACCCCGAGCCGUGGCAGCUGGAGCCGAGGGCACGCACGGAGUGGGCGUCGCCGCUAAGUGCUCCCGAGGGAGGGCCGUGGGGUGUUCACUGCAAUAUGGCAGCGACGGGCUCCAGCAAUCCCGGAGGACUCGGCGGGGUCUGGGAGAGACGGAGGCGUCGACGGCUGCAGGACCGUGUACUGGUUUGCGCGGGAAGGAGUCUGAGCUCGGGGAGCGUGCACUGCAGGUCUGUCUGCAGGCUGUGCGGGGUUCCGCGCUGCUGUGUGUCAGGAAUGGAAGCCAAGAGAACCAAGAUGAAUCAAGAUCCCACUGGAAACCCUGCCCCUGCUUAUCUGGACUGCAGUUUUUGUUGAAGCGUUGGUUGACACUGCCAAGUAAGGAAUGGAAAAGGUCCCAACACAGAAUAAACCAAGAAGCUUGGACAGUGGAGUCAGGAGCUUCCAGGCUCAGGGACCACACCGUGGCAAAGUCAUGCUCUGAGCUUUAGUUUAUUCUCAUCCCUGAGGAAGGAUUAAAGUUCCUGGCUUGCUCUCCUCACAUGUAAGCAAGAGCUUCCUUGGCCAAGGGCUCUGAGUAUGCUAAUGUGAGUAGCAGCGUUCUAAAAUGGUACAUACUUACAGUUACAGCCAGAGAAAGUUCUAGUAAAGAAAAGGGUAUGUGGACCAGGAAACUAAGAUUCAGUAAGGUCUAAAGUCAGAGAAGUAAGGUGAGAGGUUGAGGGUUCCCCAAAACAACAACCAAGUCAACUCUGAGGGACAGAGAUGGUCUCGUUGUCCUUACUGGCAUCCAGGGAAGGACAGCAAAACAUGUGUGGGCCAAGGCCAAGACUCCCACUCCUCAGAGCCAUCACUGACUUCUCCAGCAAGUGCUGGCAUUGCUUCAUGUCCAUCAGGUCUCCACCUGCAAAAACAUUUGGAGGAAGAAGCAACAAAGUUCAGUCUACAAAGCAGUUGGGGAGAAUGAGUUUAUACAAUUAUCCUGCACCUCCACAUGCUAAAGAGCACACACUGGUGCUCACACAGACAGGUGGACACGAGAGACAGAGAGGAGACAGAGAAAUAAAUGAGGCACUGUAGAUGAUUUUAAGAGUUUGACAAGGUCAGCUGGGCUCUCAGAGCUCAACUAUCUGUCUGAAAUAGGCUAAGGUUUGUAGGCAACAUACAUACCAAAAUGGAGCUGAUAUUGACUGACUCUGCCAAGUCCACAGGCUAGCACAGGCUAGUAGUAGGAAUGUGGACUGGAGUCACUAACCAUUCAGGAAAGAUGGGCGUCACAACUUGACAUGAGCCACACAGAGCUGGAAAGAGAAGAAAGGGUUGACCCGAAGGCAGCACGAUCUGGUGGGAAAUAAUCUAAGUCUAGGAAGCAUCGGGCCUGGACACACUGGGGACAGACAGCCCAGUGAUGUCUGCUGACUACAGACAAAGUCAGUUAUUCUGGGGGAGAGGAGAGUAGAAGAGAAGACAUGCUACUGGAGAUCUCCUUUGAACCAGGGAAAGCCAAGAGGCUGAAGUCUCUGGCCAUGGAACUGAGAGAUUUCAGUGCUGGGAGCUGUGGUGUUCACUGGGAGCAAUGGUGCAGCUAAGAGUGACCUGGGACUCCAGUCUGCACUGAGGAAUCAUCUAGAAAAGGUUCACCUGUGAGCGUGCCUGCAGAGGAGCUAUUUGAUUAUCUUCACUGAUAUGGAGAGACGCAACUCUUUAGGGCAGUGCCAUUCUGUAGGCUUCGGUCCUAGACUGCAUAGGAGGGGGUACCUCUAGUGGAGCGCAAGCAAGCUUAAAUGCAUGCAUUUAUUUCUCUCUGCUCUUGACCGUGGAUGUGGGAUGAGUAGCUGCUUUGUAUUUGUGCUUUGACUUCACUGUGAUAACGCAGUGUAACCUGGAAGUGUAAGUCACAAUCAGCAUAAUGCAAAUGAACAUAGAAAAGUUUUGUUCCAGAUUAACACACUAACAACCCAGGAAUAACAGGUGACAGAUGUCUGAUGGUUUUCUUACUUCUGAUAAUACCAAGCUUUGCCUCCCCAAUGGUGGUCUUUAGCACCCAGGGUGCACUGCCUAAGGAGUUCUGACAAGGAGCUGAGAGAUGUCUGUCAGUGCAUGGCGCGUGUCAGGAGACAGCAAGGAGGAGCUUUCAGAGGCCCUGAGCAUCCUCCAGUAGUGACCUUCCAAGGAGAAGCAGUUACAAUGAGAGGAAAGCCUGUGAGCCUCUUCUUGCUGCUCUCACCACCAUUCCACUGAGGGAACUUGUCCCCAGCACGCUGACUGAAGCACGGGUGAAGAGCACAGAUUCCAGAUUUCUCCCAUUUAAAAAAUAACCAGUGAUCUGAAAAGACAGGACCUCUGCCCAGGUGGCCCUUUGC